AUGAAGACGGAGAUUCCAACAACGCCGCUAGGUCCGGGCAAGGGUCCCAAGGAGGUCGAGGUGGAGAAUCCUGCUGGCUUUAUGGGAUUCAUGGCAGGUCGAUAUGACUCGAGAAUGGAACGGAAUGUUAGUAUGGCAGCGAGAAACUUGGGUGAUGGCGUCCAAAAGAUCGUCAUGGCUGCGAAAGGAAAGCAGGGCACCAGUGGAGAAUGGAAGGCAGAAUUGCUCAAACUCUUGGGAGCUGACAAUGACAAAUCAGAAAUUGACGUCUUAUUGGAAAACUCAGCCUGUGAAAAGUUUGUCUUGCGCUGCAUUGAGAAUGAGCUACCUCCCAACCUGAUCCACUGCCUCCGUCUCUUGCGGGUGAUGGAGUUGCAGCAUGCCAAUGAGGCACACGAACGGGGCGAGAGCAACCCAAAUCCUAUUGGUGAGAGCGCCACAAUCAAAGUGUCCAAGUUGCUCUGCAAAUUGUGCAAAGAUCCAAGCGUUGGAGAGCAAUUACGACCCCAUCUGUUUGGUCUCCUCGCAUUGAGUGGAGCAUCCUAUCCUCAGUCGGGAAUUCAUGUGGCAAAGGCGUCAUCCUGA